AUGGUUGCAGAAUCGUGGUUUCGUAAUCUGUGGAAGAUUCCAAAGAAGCAUGAACCUGGUCCUCAGAAGGCAGUUGUUGGAGUUUUGGCCUUUGAAUUUACAAGCUUGAUGUCUAAGCUAGUUCACCUUUGGCAGUCUUUGAGCGAUAAACAGGUUGCUAGGUUGAGAGAAGAGGUCGCAAAUUCUGAGGGUAUAAAAAAGCUUAUAGCUGAGGAUGAUGAUUUCCUUGGUUGUUUGAUUUGUCUAGAGAUGAUGGAAAAUAUGGUACGUAUUGCAAAAUCUGUGGUCAGACUAUGUAAUAAAUGUAAUGAUCCUAGUUUGAAGGGCUUUGAGCAUCUUUUUGAUGAAAUGAUCAAGACUAAUGCUGACCCAUAUGGGUGGGAAUUUACGUGGAAGAAAAUGGAUAAGAAAGUUAAGAAGAUGGAGCGGUUUAUUUCGGUGAAUGCUACUUUGUACCAAGAAAUGGAAAUGCUUUCUGAUCUCGAACAGACUGUGAGGAGAAUGAAGGGUAGCGAUCCUGCGCCAGGUAAUUUACUUGACUAUCAGAAGAAGCUUGUAUGGAAGCAGCAGGAAGUGAAGAAUCUAAGGGAGAUCUCACUUUGGAAUAGAACUUAUGAUUAUACAGUUCGCCUUUUAGUAAGAUCAUUGUUCACUAUAUAUAGUAGAAUCAGUCAUGUGUUUGGAAUUAAUCCAAUGGUAUACUCUUGGGAAUCAAAAGCUCUGAAUUCUGAAUAUAUAUAUCGCAGCCAGUCAGUUUCUGCAUUGCUGCAGUCUUCAGUUCAUCCAUCUGAGAAUAGUACUCUUCCUAGAUUUUCUUCUGGCCCUCUUGGUAACUUCACUGCAAAUUCUGGCCCAAUUUCAAAACCGAACAAAAAUAAUUUCUAUUCAGGUCCUCUUGGUGGCUCGAUCACAAAGUCAGGUCCUAUUUCUGGAAAGAACAGGAACGUGAGCUUUUUUUCAGGUCCACUUGGGGGGCCAACGGCUAAGUCAGGCCCAAUUUCUGGAAUAACUAAAACUGGCAAGAAGUUUUGGCGGACUCCUGAAUCACCUGCCUUUCUGAGAAGGAAACCACCUUCAAAGCCAAAUCGGUUGACUCAAGUGGGACCUUUUAAAGGAUGCAUAGUAGCUUCAAACACUUCUCCGGUUGCCAAUUGCUACUUAAGUUCAGCUGAUCAUUCUAGAAACCUCGAGGGAGCCAAGGAAAGUAAUGCCGACCAUCUUCUUCCUGGAAGCAUAAUUCGUACUGGUCCAUCAAUCUUCAGCUCACAGCAUAAGUUGUUGCAACCUCUUCCUGACACCCUUGGUGCUGCUGCUUUAGCAUUGCACUAUGCAAAUGUUAUUGCUGUAAUUGAGAAGCUAGCUGCUUCUCCUCACUUGAUUGGCCACGAUGCUAGAGAUGACCUGUACAAUAUGUUACCGGCAAGUGUGAGAGCUGCUCUGAGGGAAAGGCUAAAGCCAUACUCCAAGAGCUUGGGUUCAUCAGUUUAUGAUACCGUGCUUGCAGGAGAGUGGACUGAGGCAAUGACAUCAAUAUUAGAAUGGUUGGCUCCACUUGCUCAUAAUAUGAUAAGAUGGCAAUCGGAGCGAAGUUAUGAGCAACAAACCUUUGUUUCUAGGACAAAUGUGCUUCUGGUACAGACCCUUUACUUUGCCAAUCAAGAAAAGACAGAAGCAGCAAUAACUGAGCUUCUGGUUGGUCUGAAUUACAUUUGGAGGUUUGGGCGAGAACUCAACACGAAAGCCUUGCAGGAAUGUGCUAGCAGUAGAGUAUUUGAUGAAUACUUGGAGGUGGAGAAAUAA